AUGAUUCCCAUUGAGCAGAACACUAAGUUGACUACUGCAGAAUACGAUAAGGGCACAUCUCAAAAUGAUAAUUCCAUACUCAUAGAUCCAUCAGGGUAUCAAAGACUUGUCGGGAAGCUCAUAUAUUUGACUAUGACUAGACCUGAUAUCUCCUAUGCAGUACAUACACUUAGCCAGUUCAUGCACAGUCCAAAGCAAUCUCAUUUGGACGCUGCAUUGAAGGUUGUGAAGUAUUUGAAGAAGUGUACAAGACUGGGAAUACUUUUAUCUAAACAAUGUGACAUGAAGAUGAAGGCAUAUUGUGAUGCUGAUUAUGCUACAUGUCCCACUAGUCGAAGAUCGGUCACUGGAUAUUGCAUCAAAUUGGGAGAAUCACUCCUCUCAUGGAAGACCAAGAAGCAGCCUACUGUAUCUUUGCCUUCAGCCAAAGCAGAGUAUCGAGCCAUGGCCAAAACCACUUGUCAGGUGGUGUGGAUACGAGGGUUGCUUAAGGACCUCGGAGUACAAGUUUUUGAGAGCAUCAAGAGGUCUGAGAGCGCAAUCCUGGUCAGAACACGCAGAGAAAUCAAUGGCAGGUUCGUGGACUACCUCGCCGAGCUUGUUAGUGCAACAUGCGGGUGGUUGGACGUGCAGGAAAAAAAAGGUUGA